UGAAUGGAGAAAAGAAGCUACUCCCACCCACGGGCAAGAAAACGGGCGGAGAGAGAGAGAGAGAAAGAGCAAGAGGGAGGGAGUGUGUGUGUGUGUGUGAGAGAGAAAGAGAGAGAGAGAGAGAGAGAGAGAGAGAGAGAGAGAGCAGUCGAUGGAUGCUGCUUGGACAGAUUGGUCGGUACGUUCUUCUGUGACGCGAACCAGAGCGCUGCAAGAAUGGAUGGAAAGGGCAGACACAUUCCUCCAGCAAUGGUCUGGUGUGAGCGGGGGAUCCAGGUUUUGCUCACCACAGUUGGGGCAUUUGCCGCCUUCGCCCUGAUGACGGUGGCCAUCGGCACGGACUACUGGCUGUAUGCGCGAGCCUUCAUCUGCAACAGCACGGCCAACACCACCCAGGAUGACCCCCACAACAAGGACAGGAAGGACCCUGGGGCCCUCACCCACUCUGGUCUCUGGAGAAUCUGCUGUCUGGAAGGGUUAAAGAGAGGUGUGUGUUCCCAGAUUAACCACUUUCCUGAAGAUGCAGAUUAUGACCAGGAUGCUGCAGAGUAUCUCUUACGUGUAGUGAGGGCCUCCAGUAUAUUCCCAAUACUCAGUGCCAUCCUGCUGCUCUUGGGAGGUGUGUGUGUGGCAUCCAGUCGCUUCUAUAAGAGCAAGAGACAUACCAUCCUUGGUGCAGGCAUCCUGUUUGUGGUGGCAGGUCUGAGCAACAUCAUUGGUGUCAUCGUCUACAUCUCUGCAGCGCUCAGUGACAUCUCACCGAAGAAGGACGAGGACAAGAAGUGGCACUAUUCAUACGGCUGGUCCUUCUACUUUGGUGGCCUGUCCUUCAUCCUGGCCGAGGUGGUGGGCGUACUCGCCGUGAACAUCUACAUCGAGCGCAACAAGGAGUUGCGAUGCCGCACGCGCUCUGACCUCCUGCGCAGCACUACAUCGGCUGUGCUACGCCUGCCUGGCUACCGCCUCCGCCGCUGUUCAUCACGGUCCAGCUCGCGUUCCACCGCCGAGCCGCCACACUCGCGCGAGCAUUCACCACCGCCUCCACCCACCACAGGCCUCUCUGCCAAGAGCUUUGGGCCUCCGCCAGCUGCCGCUGGGCCACCGCCCUUCUCUGUGGCCACGCUGCCAAAUCCACAUGUGCACUCGGGAAGCUCUGGAGGAGGCGGAGUUGGGGACAUCUCCAUGUACACGCUUGGCCGGGAGGGGAAGCCGCCCAUGUACGGGACCGUGGACCGUGCCUCUCUCUACCAGCUGCACAACUACUUCCCAGGCAAGGAGGGAGGUGGGGCACUCACCACAGGCACGCUGCCCUCCCUGUCGAAGUCCAACCUAGCAGCUUCGGGCAAUACCACACUUGGGGCCCCAUCGCCCGCCGGAGCCGGGGUCCAGGCAACGACACUCUCAGCAGGCUCCACGGCAACCAUGGAGAGGGAAAGAGGACUCGGAACACUGGAUCGACUGGGGAAGGAUGACAGCUCCAACACCAACACCCUAAACAGGAGAACAACUCCUGUGUGAUAGAGCAGGGCUUGUAAGGUGGAGGGGGAGGGGGAGGGGUCCAGAGAAGGAGAUGUGGGGAGACAGGAGAGAGAGAGGAUCCCAAAAUGCAAAGGCAGGGAGAGAUAGUGGAAGUGUUUGAGGAAGAAGAGAGAGAGGAAGAAGACGGAGAGAAGGGGAGACGAUAGAAGCCAAUCAUACUCUUUUUUUUUUCCCUCUCCAUUUCUGUUUUUGAACAUGGUGACUUUAAUCAUGAAUAGAGUUCCAUCCGCACUUUUACUGAUUCAUGUUGAAAUGCUCGAUGUGUGUGAUGAUGGGUUUGGGUAUACUUUGGGUUCUUCAAGCUCUUUCUAUUUCAGUGUUUUAUCAUUGGUUUAUGCCUGUUACUUAUUUAGCAUUCCAAUAUAGUCAUUUUUAUUACUCUAGAUGUUAAAGUUUGGGUUACCUGAAUUGUUUUAAAUUAAAUCAUUUGUUUAUUAUUUAAUAUUUUAUUUAUAGGGUUUUUUCAGUUGUAACUGAUUAAUUUAAACUGUGAUUUUCUCUUGCACAUACUGACACUAUAUUUUAUGAUGUCAAUCAGUGUCAAGCAUGUGCAUUUUUGUGAGAUAGUGUGACAUUAUUAUUGUUAUUAUUAUUAUUUUUAUUAUUAUUAUUAUUAUUGUGUAUUAUUUUUAUAAAGAUUAAUAAUAGAUAUGUGGAAUUUAUUUCAUUGUAAUUGUAGGUGUACAAGUAACUAGAUUUCAUAUGAAUAUAUUUGAUUACUUUAUUAAAUGAAUAACCUUAAUAUUCUUACAAUGGGAUGAAAACCUGAAUGAACUGAACUGUUUUUCAGAAGGGCAGAAAAUGGAGGAUGUUCAUGUUAGGGGGAGCAAUACCUAUACCUGUAAAACCUCACCAGAAAAGACAAAAAACACACACGCACACACCCACACGCACACGCACACAGACACAGACACAGACAAACACACACA